UUUGAAAUCUUGGAAGCAAUUACAAAGUUGAUCAACAACAACAUAACCCCAUGUUUGCCUCUACGUGGAACGAUCAUUGCCUCAGGUGAUCUUGUUAUGUUGUCCUACAUUGCUGGUUUGCUCACUGGUAGGCCUAAUUCCAAGACUAUUGGACCCAAUGGUGAGAAUCUUAAUGUUGAGGAAGCGUUCCGCAUUGCUGGAGUUAUAAGUGGAUUUUUUGAGUUGCAGCCUAAGGAAGGACUUGCACUGGUGAAUGGUACAGCAGUUGGUUAUGGUAUGGCAUUAAUGAUCCUAUUUGAGUCCAAUAUUCUUGCUGUUAUGUCUGAAGUUUUGUCAACGAGCGAUUCGCUUGAUAAAAAUUAA